CGCAAAGCUCAGUGGACUAAACGGAAAUUUGGUUCUAGCCAAAAAAAACUAAUGGACGAGUGGAAUAAAACAAGCUCCUGGCCGCAAGCACUGGGGGAAAAUCUCGCUUCGUAAAAAUGCAGUUUUCGUCAAUAAAGUGAAAAGAGAUGAAGUAGAAGAGAGGAGGAAAGCGAAAAGCCUCUUUUGGAACCAGGCAGAGUCGCUUCUUGCUAGCCCCCACCCGUGCUUGUCCACAUAGCCGCAAGUCCCAAGAGGCGAUCCCCGCCCCUCUCCAGCUGGAGCUACAGAAUGGCCACCCGUAGCCGCACCUUUUUGUUUAUCCAGUACCGCAAUUCGUUCGGCCACAUGCAGCGGCGGAAACGCACGCAGGCACAGCAGCAGCAGCAGAACGAGGAGGAGGGUCUGAUUGAGCGGCAGAAUGACGACGGCGAAAUGGUAAUAGAAAUGUCGCAUUUGCCGCCGCGGUGGGUGGACCUGACCGAGGACGUGAACGAGCAGCUGGCGGAAAUCGAGCAAAAGAUCGUGCGCCUGGACGAGCUGCACCGUCGGCACCUGCUGCCGGGCUUCGACGAUCGGUCAAGCGAGGAGCGCGAGAUUAACAUGCUGACGCAGGAGAUUACACAGCAGUUCCAGGCGAGCGGGCAGCUGGUGCGCAACAUUGGACAGAUGCAGGCACACGGGCAGGAGGAGGUAGUGGGGCGGAAUAUCCAGAGCGCGCUGGCGGCGCGCCUGCAGGCGCAGUCGGAUGGGUUCCGGAAGUCGCAGAGUGUGUAUCUGCAAAAGAUCUCGAAGCGCAAGGAUGCCAGCGUCGAUGUGUUUGCACUGGACGAGGAGCACGAGCGGGCUGUGUCGCGAAAGUUCGACAUGACCCUGACGGACGAGCAGCUGCAGGUCAUGGAGCAGAACGAGGCCGAGAUUGCAAAGCGCGAGGGCGAGGUGGCACAUAUCCACGAGAGCAUUGUGGAGCUAGCUGCCAUCUUUGGCCAGAUGCAGGAGAUGAUCAUUGACCAGGGGACGAUGCUAGACCGGAUCGACUACAACGUCGAGAAUACCGUGGUCAAUGUGGCUGCUGCUGCCGACGAGCUCGAGAAGGCGGACAAGCACCAGAAGAACUCGGUUGCCAACAAGUGCAUCAUCGUCAUGGGCGUGGUCGUUGUUAUUUUGUUUAUUAUCCUGCUGGUUAAGUGGUUGUAAUCUAGGCGCUUUGAAGCUGCACCGUGCCCGUUAAGAACAGGGAAUGCUGCUGACGAAUGAUGGACGCUGGGAUUGAUGGCUGCUCUCUGAUCCGGCAAACGCGAGCGGCUGUUGCCGGCUGUCCAGCG